GGCCUCACGGGAAGGAGAGAUUCCAAAACCAGCACACGUGGAAGGAAGCGCUUCAAGCGAAACGCCACUAGUCGUUUUGCGUGCGCCCUCGCAGCCUCCUUUCUUUCUCCUCUCUCUUCGUUCGUUUCAGGGUACUGUGUGGUAUCGAAGUAUCUUCUCACAAAUAACCGGUAUCUUACUGAGGUCUGUAAUAUAAGUGGUCUGACAUUAUGCGGUACCUACGAGGCCGCCAUCAGUAUAAUGUCUCCUAGUCGUGAGGUCAAGAAGAUACAAGGGGUUUCAAGUUUCCUUUCAGCGUCCACUCGAGUCAAUGAGUUCAUGUCGUAUACUUACAAUUAACUCCAAGUCCGACCCAGACAACAUGUUAGCAAGUGGUGGUCGUGCAGCAGGGGUUGUCGGGGUAUGGUACGAUACGGGGGAAAUAGUUGCUAACAAUAGAUCAAUGAUGAACUGGCAUGGACACCCUGCGUCUUACCCCACUUCACUUAACCCCCACCUCUGCUUGGUCCAAGCGGUCCAGCAUUAUCACUGCUUUCUCUUAUUCCAUUCCUUUUCGGGAGGGAAGCCCAGGUAAGUAGGAAGCAUUGGAAGCAUGGACGACAUAAUCUACACACUAGAUCCGGAAGGUGACGUUAUCCUGGUUCUAUACAAUGUGCCUGAGAAUCUGCCAGGGAGCAUGUGGGAUAUCGAUGCUUCUACACUUUCUGGGCUGUCAAACAUUUCCAUACACUCUGAAGCAGUAUCUGAGCCACCACCGGAUAUGGGGAACUUGGGAGAAGAGAACGACAUUGUCGAGCUCGGCCAUAGUGAGGGUAUAGACAAAUCUGCCGAGUCACCCCAGGACCACCAAAAGGGCGAGCAACGGCUUCAGAUCCGCGUAUCCUCUAAGCACCUCACGCUUUCUUGUCCACAGUUCAAACGUACACUCCAACAUGGUUUUCAAGAAGGAAAUGAGCUUACGUCUAAGGGCUAUCUAGAAAUACCCUUGCAAGAUUGGCCGGCAGUACCCUUUCUAAUCUUGACAAUGAUAAUCCACGGCCGAACACGGACAGUACCCCGAGAAGUAUCUCCAGAAAGGCUUGCGGAGAUAGCUCUAUUAGUCGAUUACUACGAAUGCUAUGAAGUAGUGGAAGUGUUUUCAGAAAUGUGGAUUAAAG